GCAAACAAGUACGUUGAAACUCAGCUCUGCUCUGUUGAUAUCACUCAAUUGGACUCUGGCAGUGGAGGGGGCUAGGAGGAGCAGGCGCCUUUUCAGAUUAGGAUUCUGAAGCCUGGUUAGGAUCAGAGGCAGGCAGCAUGGUCUUCAGGGGCUUCAAGCUGGGUUGCACGGUGGCGGUGUUGCUGGUGCUGAUUGCGCAACCGAUUUUGGCUGCGGAUGAACCGUUCCUGGUUGUGCACAAAAAGAUCGAGAAUGUGAAGCGGGUGAAGGAUGCGGAGGAUAUCACAGUGUCAAUAGGCAUCUACAACGCAGGUGGCGGCUCUGCUUAUGAUGUCACGCUCGACGAUGAGACCUGGCCCGAGGCCAAGUUCUCUUUCAAGAAAGGCAACGGGACAGGCUCCUGGGAGAAGCUGGUUCCUCAGGGCAGCGUGUCCACCUCGUACGUGGUGACAACCUCGACGCCAGGCAUGUUUGAGCCACCCGCCGCCAAGGUCACCUUCAGGGACUCCUCGAAGCCAACCCCCCAGACGGUCUUGUCCAGCCCUCCCUACCCGAUUGACGUGCUUCGCCCAACAGAGCCUGGCCAGGAGUUUGCCAAGAUCAAGGAACUUGUCUUCAAGUAUGGUCCUUUCGUGGUCAUAGUUACGGCCAUCGCAGGUUUUAUCGGCCUGCUCCUUGUUCCAGAUAAGAAGGGUGGAAAGGGGAGCAAAAGAAGGUAGAAUCACACGUAAAGUCGAAGCUCAGGUGGUCAAUGCGGGUUCCGAUGGGGUGCGCUGACUUGGCACUAGAAAGUAGCUAGGUGCGCAGGGUGCUUGCACUGUGUUUGAAGGAUGUGUUAGAUUACCUGGGCAGGAAGGAGUGAGCGUUAGAGAAAGAGCCCAUCGAGAAUGUACGAGUACGUGCCAGCACAUCUCCCGUGAGAGGUUGAGUUUUACUUCUAAUGUCAUUCCAAGCGUACCAGUAUCUUGCAUGAUGGGCAAGCAUUUUACUUAUACUGCAUAUUGUCGUGUUCAAGUUGACUGAGUUGGCUCGAAAAGUGACUUUGCAUCAGGU